CUUCUAUCCCCACACGAUAAGAACAACAGCAGCAGAAUGAGCAAAGCAAAGACAGAGGGAUCCAGCAGUGUGCAGCACACAGUUCUCUGUCGGCGGUGUCGACUGCCGCUGCGGAUGCACGAGCAGAUAUCUGAUCUCGAUAGCAACACAUUUGAUCAGUUUCUAUCCAGCUCCGCUCCUAUCAAUGCAGAUCUCGACUUUUCAAAAGAACAGAAAAAAGUCGACUACUACAAAGACCAGCACGGCAUCGGCUCUCUCCGCGAUCCCUACAGCAAGGACUACCGCAGACCAUCAGCAACCGCUCCCGUAUCCCCCGCGCCGCUGCGGAGCGUGAACGGCGACUCCUUUGUCUUACUUUCCGACUCUGUGAUUUCAAAUGCGCGGACGGCGGCGGAUGCGGGCGGGAUUGUGGGUAACUACGAGGCGAUGCUGCGUAGGGAUUACUAUAGCAAUGAGAAGAGAGGGGAGGUGGAUGAGACCAGUGCGGCAGAGAAUACGGGUGAUGAAGAGGAUCUGUAUGCGCUCUCGAACCGACUAAAGACCUCAGAUAAGAUCCACGACAUCGUGACGUCGAAAAGCGAUAUCGACCAACCCAUCUGCUCCGAGUGCGUGGAACUACUACUCCAAGGGCUGAAGCAGCAGUACGUCGAAAUCGUUCGCGACCGGGAUAUCUACGCCGACUUUCUCAAGCAAGUCAAGGACGAGAAACCGACCGACGAGCAGCAACUCGCGGCCGAGAAAGAGCUGGCAGAGAUAAUCGCCGAGCAAGAGCGCGUGAUGACAGACCUGCAUAAAGCAGAGCACGAGCACGCGACUGUCGUGCAGGAGAUCAAGGAGCUCGAAAGUCAGUCGCGCGACCUGGACGAGGAGGAGAAGAAGUUUUGGGAGUUGAGGAAUAAGUACGCGCAGGAGCUUGAUGAUUUCUUGGAGGAACGGGAUAUGGUUAAGAUGCAGCUAAAGAGAGAUACAGAGAUGUAUGAAAAGUUGAGAAAGACGAAUGUGUAUUCUGAUAUCUUUGCUAUUGAAGGUGGAUCCGCGGCUGUCGAUCGAAUGGCUGGUGUUUCUGGGAAGCGGUAACCUCUUUCUUUCUCUAUCUUCUCUUCUCUUUUAUUUCUUCUUGGGUAUGGCGUUGGUGUUGGGUUGA